AUGGCCGCCGCCAUGCUUCGAUAUGUGGAUGGGGCAAUGCCCGGCAAGACUUUGAAACGCAGAGCGUCAACGCCGGAGCGAUUGGCAAAAAAGCAUGCCAGUAGUAAAAAAUACGAGGAAAACCGGCCAUCUCGUUAUGUGAACGGGAAGUGGCAAGACGGCAGACCGUGGCUUGUCCUUGACUUUGCCAAUAACAGUAUGACCUGUAAAACAUGCAUCGAGCAGUACACGAGUACAUCGAGUAGCAUGAGAGGUAAGAACACUUUUAUCCAUGGAUGUAAGAAUGCUAAAAUAUCUGCAGUUGUUGACCACGAAAGCAGUUCAGCGCACAAAAAAGCUGUAGAACUUCAGAAUGACCAGAAACUAAAACAAACGUCUCAACAUUUAGUACAAUCAACACCAGCUGCGGCAGCAUUAUUAUCGUUGAAAAAGGGGCAAAGAAACCAAAUGACACAUUUGUUCAGAAACGCUCAUGCUGUUUUGAAACAGAAUAAACCCUUAUCAGACUUUGUGUGGCAUUGUGAUUUGGAUCAAGCCAAAGGGCUUGAUAUAGGCACAACCUACAGAAACGCAAAGGCUGUAUUGACAUUUGCAAGAUCCAUAGCCAAUGUUGAGAAGAAAACUACUACAACCUUAGUGAAAAAUGCUAGUUUCUUCUCAAUAAUGAUGGAUGGUUCAACUGAUAUUUCCGGAGAUGAGCAAGAAGCAAUAUAUAUUCGUUGCUGUAUAGGUCAGGAAGUGGUCGAUCGUUUCCUUGGAAUAGGAUCACCAGUAUCUACAUGCUCCAAAGAUCUGAAAAUGUUUGUCAUCAAUAUGCUUGACUCACAUGACAUUGAUAAAGCCAAACUUGUUGCGCUCGGUUCGGAUGGGGCUUCUAAUAUGACAGGUCACAAAUCAGGGUUAGCACAACUCCUUCGUCAAGACAUCAAUCCAGAGAUGAUCAACAUUCACUGCUUUGCACAUAGACUUGAAUUGUCAUUCCGAGACGUGAUGAAGAAACAAAACCUUUAUGAUAAAGUUAUGACACUACUGAUUGGUAUCUACUACCAAUACACAAAACAAUACAAAAACAAAAGUGGUCUGCGGAAUGCAAUCUCGUGUCUGCAUAUUAAAGGAGUUAUGCCAACAAAGGUGACGGGGACACGCUGGAUGGCUCAUCUUUCUAGAGGGAUAGAUGCAUUUCUAAGAACUUUCAGGGCAUAUGAGGCACACCUCUCUACUCAAAGCCACGAGAAAGCCAAGGCAGGAGGUCUCUUGAAGAUCAUGAUCAACAUGAAUGUCCUUUGCUUCAUCCUCUUCCUUAAGGAAAUCUUGAAACCAUUGAUGAUGCUUUCACUUAAGCUCCAGGCUCCUGCUACAACUGUUGGAGACACCUGUGUGUGGGUAGAGGCUACUGUAAAUCUAUUGAAAGAUCUUAGAUCAAGAGACACAGAUCAGUUUGAUGAGGUAUCGGAGGUGCUUACAACAGGUAUGUACCAGGGUAUAAAACUUAAAGGACAGACUCCAUCAAUGCCUUACAAAGAAACGAUAAUAGAUGGCCUCAUCAAGGCUAUAGAGGACAGGUUUAGUCGUCCAACCUCACAGGCCAUUCUCGACAAUGCCACCAGGAUUCUCCAUUUUGAUAAAUGGCCACAGAAAGAUAGUCAUGAUGUCAAAGACUUUGGAGCUGAUGCUAUUGUGGCAGUGACUUCCAACUACCGAAACACAUUCCAUCAUGUCAACCCAAGUUUUGAUACUGAUGUUGCCCUAGAAGAGUUCAAGUUGUUGAAAAGAGUUCUGUAUGCAAGGUAA